AUGAAAUAUAUUGAAGAGUUACACAAUGAUAUUAAUCGUUUCUAUGAGAUGCAUUCGCAAGAAAAUGAUGUUAGUACUUUAUUUCAAACAGAAUCUGAAAUAGAAAUUCAAUCUGAAAAUAAAAAACGAAAACGUGAAUCUUCAAUUGUUCUUUCUUCAAUUUUACCAAAUAAAAUUGUUAUUGCUACUACUGCUUUACUUGAUGAUCAAUGGAAUGAUGUUCUUUCAUUUCUUCGUCAAUUUCCUCAAGUACAAUUAUCAACAAAUUUAAAUGUUAAUAAUUCAACAACACAUUUAAUUGUUGAUGAUAGUGAAAAUCAUUUACAUUGUACAAUAACAAAAAAAAUUGUUCAAGCAGCUGUACGUCAUCAUAUAUUUAUAAUAUCAUCACGUUGGUUAAAUGAAUGUAUGCGUUUAAAUAAAUUUAUUGAUGAACAUCCAUAUGAAAUUAUAAGUGAUUCUCAUACAACACUUCGUAUAUCGGAACAAAAUUUUAAUCAAACAAAUAAAUAUUUAUUUUGUCAAAAUUCACAAUAUUCAUAUGCAUUUGCUAUUGAAUGUCGUCAAUGUCAAGGUUCAAUAAAUCGCAGUGAAUUAAUUGAAUUAAUACAAUUAACAGGUGCACAAUUAUUUCAAAAUGAACAAGCUGUCGAUGUAUUAAUUGUUUUAUGUGAUACAAGUGAUAAAAAUAUAAAUAAAAUAAAAGAAAAAUAUAUGAAUGCACCAGCAUCAAAUAUUAAAUAUGUAACAAGUGAUUUUUUACUUAAAUCAAUUAUUAAAUUUGAAAUACAAGAUAUUGACAAAUAUUCUUUAUAA